AUGGCGGGUACGGGGCGGGUAUGGCGGGUACGGGGCGGGCGGGUAUGGCGGUUACGGGGCGGGUAUGGCGGGUACGGGGCGGGCGGGUAUGGCGGGUACGGGGCGGGCGGGUAUGGCGGGUACGGGGCGGGCGGGUAUGGCGGGUACGGGGCGGGCGGGUACGGGGCGGGCGGGUAUGGCGGGUACGGGGCGGGCGGGUAUGGCGGGUACGGGGCGGGCGGGUAUGGCGGGUACGGGGCUGGUAUGGCGGUCCGGGGCGGGUAUGGCGGGUACGGGGCUGGUAUGGCGGUCCGGGGCGGGUAUGGCGGGUACGGGGCGGGUAUGGCGGGUACGGGGCGGGCGGGUACGGGGUGGGCGGGUACGGGGCGGGCGGGUAUGGCGGUCCGGGCGGGCGGGUAUGGCGGGUACGGGGCGGGCGGGUAUGGCGGGUACGGGGCGGGCGGGUAUGGCGGGUACGGGGCGGGCGGGUAUGGCGGGUACGGGGCGGGCGGGUAUGGGGCGGGCGGGUAUGGCGGGUACGGGGCGGGUAUGGCGGGUACGGGGCGGGCGGGUAUGGCGGGUACGGGGCUGGUAUGGCGGUCCGGGCGGGUAUGGCGGGUACGGGGCUGGUAUGGCGGGUACGGGGCGGGUAUGGCGGGUACGGGGCGGGCGGGUACGGGGCGGGUAUGGCGGGUACGGGGCGGGUAUGGCGGGUACGGGGCGGGCGGGUACGGGGCGGGCGGGUAUGGCGGGUACGGGGCGGGCGGGUAUGGCGGGUACGGGGCGGGCGGGUACGGGGCGGGCGGGUAUGGCGGGUACGGGGCUGGUAUGGCGGUCCGGGGCGGGUAUGGCGGGUACGGGGCUGGUAUGGCGGGUACGGGGCGGGUAUGGCGGGUACAGGGCGGGCGGGUAUGGCGGGUGUCGGGGCUGACACCGUUCUCACGCUGCCGCCAGUUUUUCCCACGUGGUGGUGCGCGGGUCGGCCACCAGGGCGCAGCACCGGCCGCGCGCCACACUGGCCAGACACAGACGCAGCGGCCAGUCAGUCCCCAGCGCCCGCCGCGAGCUCUAGCACCCAUCCCGAGUCUCGCUGAGCUCACAUGUGCCGCGCCUGACGAGUCUCCAGGGACCACCAGUAAAAAAAUAAAAAAACAGUCCCAUCGCCAGAGAUAUGAAGGUGGAACGCGCCAGCUCCGUGUGUUCUGA